AUGGCUGCCUUGCUGAUGGUCACCAGCACGAUGCAUCCGAGUUCCAGCUGUUUCUGCUGGGUGCUCUGCAAUGAGAAGAAGAGUCGACCGUUUCUGAAUUGUCGCACUCUGCAUGCGGUGAACAGUCGGCAACAUUUGAGGAAGCUAGUUUCAUUUCAGUCGAAUUAUCCGUUCAUGCAACUCGCAACACUUUGGAGCACUGCCUCAGUAGUCAUUUCUCACAAACGAUAUUGGGUGACUGUAAAUGGAAUUGCCCAAGGUGUCGCUAAGCGAGCAUCACGGAUGACAAAAUUGUGGUCUCUGCCACCAGUUGUUGUAGUUCAUCUAAAACGAUUUUCCAUGGAGAACGGCGAUUAUGCGAAAAACACGAUGCCCGUAGAUUUUGACCCUAGCAGACUCGAUCUUUCCGAAUAUUUACAUGAAAAUUCUCCAGAAAUAGCAGAACCUUAUCGAUUAUAUGCUGUAACGAAUCAUUAUGGUUGA